AUCAUGUAUUUUCUAUAUGGAAUGGUUAAACAAUGGUCCUUAUUGGAUGCUGCAGAACACAGACAUAAGUUGUACGACAGGAUCAACACUCGUUCCUACAGCCCCAUCAAGUGCCCACCGUCCGAUGCCUUAGAAAGAGCCAAGGAGGUCCUGGCCGAGAUCGAGAACUGGCCCGACGAUACGGACCCCGAUGUUCAGGAGCUUCGAGACAUUUUGUGCGACCCCCACUUCCGGGCCCUGCUACAGGCCCAGGACGUGGUGGCGCACGAAGUGUACGGGGAGGAGGCCCUCCGAGUGACCCCUCCGCCAGCCCCCCUCUACCUGAACGGUGACCCCGAUCCACCGGGAAAUGACGACUCGGACAUGGAGAGCGUCACUAGGGUCCGACUCGUACAAUUCCAGAAGAACACCGACGAAGCCAUGGGAAUCACUUUGAAAGUGGACGAGGAAGGCCGGUGCAUCGUGGCCAGAAUCAUGCACGGAGGAAUGAUUCAUCGGCAAGCAACCCUGCAUGUUGGCGAUGAAAUAAGAGAAAUCAAUGGAGUGAGCGUCGCCAACCAAUCCGUCGAAAGUUUACAAAGGAUGCUUCGUGAAGCCCGUGGCAGCGUGACCUUCAAGAUCGUUCCAAGCUAUCGCAGCGCCCCGCCCCCUUGCGAGUAUUUCAGGAUAAACCCUCCGCCUAUUCUCAUAUACGUGCGCGCGCAGUUCGACUACGAUCCGAACGAGGACGACCUGAUUCCGUGCGCGCAGGCCGGUGUGGCAUUCAAGACUGGCGAUAUCCUACAGAUCAUCAGCAAGGAUGACCACAACUGGUGGCAGGCGAGGAGGGAGGGCUCGGACGGCACGGCGGGUCUCAUCCCCUCGCCCGAAUUGCAGGAAUGGAGGACAGCCUGCCUGCUCCAGGAGAGCUCCAAGAAUGACCAAGUCAAUUGCUCAAUCUUCUCACGCAAGAAGAAGCAUUUCCGGGACAAAUACCUGGCAAAGCACAACGCAGUCUUCGACCAGCUGGACGUGGUCACCUAUGAGGAAGUGGUCAAGCUGCCGGCCUUCAGGCGGAAGACGCUCGUCUUAUUGGGGGCGCAUGGGGUUGGCAGGAGGCACAUCAAGAACACUUUGAUCAGCCACCAUCCGGACAAGUAUGCCUAUCCAAUACCUCACACGACCCGGCCGAUGCGCAAGGGUGAGGAGAACGGCAAGAACUACUACUUCGUAUCGCACGAGGAAAUGAUGGCCGAUAUCGCGGCCAACGAGUACCUCGAAUACGGCACCCACGAGGAGGCCAUGUACGGCACUAAGCUGGAGACCAUUCGAAGGCUGCAUGCGGACGGGAAGAUAGCCAUAUUGGACGUUGAACCACAGGCACUGAAAAUCCUACGCACCGCGGAGUACACUCCGUACACCGUAUUCAUUGCGGCACCCUCAUUGGGCAAUAUGCAAGAUAUCGACGGCAGCUUGGAGCGACUUUACAAAGAGAGCGAACUCUUACGCCAGGCCUAUGGUCACUUCUUCGACUUGACUAUUGUAAAUAACGACAUCGAAGAGACCAUUCGGACACUGGAGAAAACGCUCGAGAAAGUGCACACCUCGACGCAGUGGGUGCCGGUCACGUGGGUCUACUAAACGCUCCGCCUGCCGCUGCUGCCAAAGGAGAAAGGCUUCGUUUUCCGGCCAAUCCCGUCGUGGCCCCAACAAAUAACGCCACGCCCAAUUUUUGCUGAAUCACCAUUGAGAUAUUAUAGAGCUCUAUUACGCUAAUGGAUAAUCAUUACGGUACAUAAUUUUUGGUCGAGCUUAUAAAGAAGGAAGGAAAACUCACAUAUAAACGCUGCUCAUUUAAACACAGGCCACAGCACAAAAAGAUGUAUGUUAUUAUAUAAAAUAUAUAAAUAUAUAUAAACAUAUUUCAUAGCCUUUGAAUGAUAUUAAUGUCAGUGGUUCUCAACUUCAGGAGCAUGAAAAAGUGGAGGCAAAUCAUACGGAAAGUUUAAUCGGUAAAAUUUAAAGAUAACAAAAAUAUACAGGUAAAACUAAAUAAUAUACCACUAUUAAAAUAGAUAAAUACAUUUGGUAAAUUAUUUUUAAGUUGCAAUUAUUGU